AUGGCUUCUUACUCACCUGUAUCGUCAAGAACCAGAGCCCGGACAAAGAAAGAAGAUCCCUAUGGCGGAAGUUUCUCCAAUGCGGAGCUCGGAAGAAGAAAAGGCGGUUCUUCAGGAGCGAAGAGCUUUGUGCGUGACAUCCUCCUUCUCGAGACUUCGGGCCCCGAAGCAGAGAGCAGUGGCAGAGGGGCGCGACGAAGAGUCUCCUCUUUUUCAGGUGGUUUGGGAGGCGAAGGCAGCGCCGGUGAUGGCAGCAGAGAGGUAAUUGUUAUUACAGACAGUGAAGAUGACAGUGACGAAGUGAUUUCAGUGAGUGGAAGUGGUGAGGAGGAAGAAGAGUCCAGCGAUCACAGACCUCUGACGGCGCGAAGGUUUGAGCCUAACCAUGUUUUUCAUGAAUGUAAGAACAUUGAUGUUGUUGAUGGGGUUAGUAGUGACUAUGACGAAGAGGAAAGCACAGACUUUGAAUCUGAUGACAGUGUAGGUGGUCGUGAAAAUGGAAUGUCUGGAGGGGAAGAGUUCUUGUCUAAUGCAUGCUCUGAUGAUGACUCGAUACGCUCUGGUGAGGAGAAUGUUUUUGGCGAACAAGGUGAGGGAAAUGACGGAAGUUUCAAAUCCUCAUAUGAUGAUCGUGCGCCGAUUGUGUCCGAGAAGAGGACUUCGUCGGUGACUGAAGAUGGUCCUGAGGCCGAUCUUAGCUUAGAUUAUUUGUCCUCUUCGUUCGAGAGCACAACUGAGGUUGACGACAUCAGCGAUGAGGAUUUGGUCACAAAUGUGUCAGAAAGCUUGAGCACAGAAGGAGAAACUUCUUCGAGCUCAGAAGAGUAUGUGCCUGGGAGUGAGUGUGAGAAAAUGAGGGCGAUAAAGAAGAGAAAGCGCGAGGACAGAGGCGAGAUGAGUUGUUUAUACAGCACAAGGAAAACUACUGAGGAGCUUGAUAUUGAGUGCAAGGAUGAUCCAGUGGUCGAUGCGGGAAAGAAAGAGGAUGUGGAACGUAGAGUUUCGUUGGUCAUUGAAUGGUUGCAGGAUGAUGUGGAGGAGGAAAAAGAGGAAGAAGCGAUUAAUGGUGAGCAUAACAUUGAGUGCAUGGAUGAUCCGGGGAUUGAUGAAGGGGGAAGUAAAGAGAAUGUGGAAUGUAGAGUCUCACGGGUCAAGGGAUGGUUGCAAGUUGAUGUGGAGGAGGUCAAAGAGGAAGAAACAAUUAAUGUUGAACGAUCAAAUGCAGAAACCGAUUGUCCUUCCAAUGAUGAGAAUGGAAAUAGUAGGCAAACGGAGGAAAGAGGAAGUUUUAGCUUGUCGGAGUGCCAAAGAACGAGGGAAAAGGCAGAAACAGGACACGGGGGUAACAAUGAUGAUGAAGGGUUGCAGGUUGAUGAAGAGGAGGAGGAGGAGGAGGAGGAAGGCAAAGCAGAGAUUGAGUUCGACCGUGUGAAUGCUGGAACAGAUGUCUCUUCCAUUAAUGAAAAGGGAACGAUCAGGGAGAUUGAGGAAAGAGGAAACUUCUGUGAGCCAGAGAAAGAAGGAUCGAAUCAGAGCCGAGAGAAGUUGACUUCCCUGAUCAAGGUCUUUGGAGUUGACAGAAGAACGCAGGAGAAAAUAUAUGGGAAAGUAGAAGAUCGAAAGGAGGAGGAUUCAGGCAUGUCCUGUAGCAUCCAACAAUUGCCAAAGAAAAGGAAAUAUAAGGAUUGCAGCGGCAAGAAAGCGUUUGCAAACAGAAAUGCCGAGAAAGAGCAAACGUCAGCUACUGAUGGUACUGUGAGGAAUGAGUGUAGGGGUGAUUGGGAGUCCAGAACUAGGAGGGAAAGAGGUGGAGAAUCAAGGGAAAAUACGCUAUUCAAACUCGUCAAUUGCAUAUGGGGGAAGGAUGAGAUUCCUCAAGACGAUAUACAGAAGGAAAGGGUGGAUAAAGAGAAACAGUUUGCUGGUGGCUGUGCUGUGAGGGAAGAGAGAAAGGAAAGCACGGAGUGGUUCGAGACUUUUGGCAGGACAGCCAGUGGCAUCAAAGGAGACUGCUCACAUAAUAUGUACGAGCAGAAGAAAGUCGGUGAAAUCUUGCCACGGUCAGGAGAAGAGGGUGUCGGGGUGCAUCAAGCACAAGGGAGAAAAGAUUGUAGGAGCACCAGCGACUAUGAAAUUUGUUGGGAGAGAUCCGGUAAGUCGAAAGAACUUAAAUAUUUCCAACGUCUUGCUCAGAAAUUCAGAGAUAACAAAGAUGAUACCGGUCAGAAAGAAGUUGUAUGGGAAAUACCAAGCAGGACAGAACCGCAGGCGGAAGUGCCUCCGCUUCCUGUGAAGUUUUUCUGGGCAGAUGAGAAACCGGAACCAGAACUGGCACCAAAAUCUGAAGCAGAGAAGGAGAUGGACAAGAUGUGGAGUGAUAUGGAAUUUUGUCUUAGAGCUGGAGAACUUGGUUCUUCCAGACCCCCAAAAAAGUUCUCCAUCGAAGGGUCAGGCUCGAAAAGGUUUCCCAAUGGAGGGAAUCCGUCUUUGUUUGAAGGGAUUUGUCUUCAGCCUUCUGGAAAUGACUCUGUCGAACUCUCUCAUCAGAGCGGCUCUGUUUUGGAUCUCAUCCCCUGUAACCGGAAUAAAUUGUAUCCACACCAGCUAGAGGGCUUUCAGUUUAUGUGGAAGAACCUAGCAGGUUCUACUGAUCUAAAAGAAUUGUCCAACUCUGAGCCUAAGGAUGUUGGUGGGUGCAUCAUAUCUCACGCUCCAGGCACGGGAAAGACUUGCUUGACCAUACUUUUUCUGCACACAUAUCUCGGACUCUUCCCCAAUUCCCGCCCUAUGGUUAUUGCUCCUGCCAGCUUGCUUCUCACUUGGGAAGAAGAGUUCAGGAAGUGGAACAAGAAAUGGGACACCAGCAUUUCAUUCCACAACUUGAAUAGUCUGGAGUUCUCCGGGACAGAAAAUGCAGGAGCUGUGAGAAUGGUGGAAGCAAAUAGGCACCUCAAGCAAUGUAACGAUGUGAUGCGGAUGAUCAAGGUCUAUUCCUGGAGUAAGAGCAGCAGCAUACUUGGCAUAAGUUACAAUCUGUAUGAGAAGCUUGCCAUGCCAAAAAGGAUAGGCAUAAAGGAUCCGGCGAAGAAGCCAGAGAUUCAAAAGAAAGAUGAAGAGAUGAGAAAGAUUCUUCUCGAUUUGCCGGGUGUAGUGGUUCUUGACGAAGGGCACACGCCGCGAAACGAAAGGAGCAGCAUUUGGAAUCUUCUGCUGAAACUUCGGACUGAGAAGAGGAUCAUCCUCUCGGGCACCCCUUUCCAAAAUAAUUUUCUAGAGCUCUAUAACACCUUGUGCUUAGUAAGACCCACAACAGCGGACGAACUCCCCCUUAGUCUCAAGAAAUUCUGCCAGGCAAGAACAGGACGGCGGAAAAGAGCUAAAACAGAUGAUAUCAAUUCCCUUGUUCAGCCACAUGACAAAGCGGCUGAUGAUGCAAUUGUGAAUCUCCGGUCUAUCAUGGCUCCAUUUGUUCAUGUUCACAAAGGGAGCAUUCUUAGAGAGAAUCUUCCUGGUAUAAAAGAGUGCAUAGUGGUGUUAAACCUAGGGGAUAGGCAAAAGAAGAUUGUGGAGAACAUUCAAAGAUCUCAAUGCGCGUUUGAGUAUGAGUUCAAGCUGUCUCUGGCAUGCAUUCACCCUUCUCUGAUCCUAAGCUGCAAUGCACAUGUGCAUGAAAAACCUGUUAUCGGCCGUGAGCGUCAGAAGCUUGAAGAUCUGAAGACCAACACGGAUGCCGGGGCAAAGACAAGGUUCCUAGUGGAGUUAAUCCGGCUCAGCGAAGCACUCGGUGAGAAAGUCCUCGUUUUCAGCCAAUAUAAAGAGCCAUUGUCCUUGAUCAGUUACCAACUGAGAUCGACUUUCCAGUGGUCCACCAAAGGAAAAGAGAUUCUACACAUGCAUGGGAGCCUCGAUCUGAGGGAACGUCAGCGUUUGAUUGGAGAAUUCAACAACCGACAGAGCCAAGCAAGAGUAAUGUUAGCUUCAACUAAGGCUUGCUCUGAGGGCAUAAGUCUCAUCGGAGCAUCUAGAGUUGUCUUGCUAGAUGUGGUUUGGAAUCCUUCGGUCGGGAGGCAAGCAAUCAGCCGAGCCUUCAGAAUUGGCCAGGAGAAGGUAGUCUAUACCUACCAUCUGAUCACGAAGGGAACGGCAGAAUGUGACAAGUUCAGCAAACAGAUGGAGAAAGAGAGAUUGUCUAAACUUUUUUUCUCCCUGACCGACAAAGAAAAUGGUGAGAGAAGAAAAUCCCGUGUGGUUGCUGAAGACAGGAUAAUGGACGAGAUGACUUCCAGCGAAAACUUCAAGGAUUUGUUUGAUCAGAUACUUUACCAGCCAAAGGAUUCCGAUGCAGUCGAUCAGAUAUUUUAUCAAUCAUCUGUUUAAGCAAUG